CGGCCCACCCGCUCGUCCACGCGCCUCGCGCGCGCGCCGCCGCGCCCACAUCAUAUACACCCGCCGCGCGGGACUCUCCCGCCAUUUGAUCCGCCCGACUUCUCUUCUCUUCUCCCUCCGAUCCCCUCGACACGAGCCAAAGGAAGUGAUGGCCCAUGCCGCCACCACGGCAGCAGCGCUCUUCUUCUUCUUCUUCCUCCUCCACGCCGCCGUCCGUGCCGACGCGGCGGCGACGCUGUCGCAGGGCCAGUCGUUGGGGGCCAACGACAGGCUCGUGUCGCCCGGCGGCACCUUCGCGCUGGCCUUCUUCACGCCGACCGAGGGCGACCCCUCGCGGCGGUACCUGGGCGUCAUGUACGCGCGGGCCAAGGAGCAGACGGUGCCGUGGGUGGCCAACCGCGACGCGCCCGUGAGCGCGUCCUCGGCGUACUCGGCGGCCGUCACGGCGUCGGGCGAGCUGCGGGUCAUGGAAGGCGACCGCGUCGCCUGGAGCACCAACACGUCCUCGCCGCUGGGGAACGUCACCCUCGCCAUCGCCGAUAACGGGAACAUCCAGCUGACCGCCGGGCGGCGGCGACGGGGGCAGCCGGAGCUGGUCUGGCAGAGCUUCGACCAACCGGCGGACACAUUCCUCCCCGGGAUGAAGAUCACCCUCGACCGCCGCAACGGGGCCGUCGUCAGCCGGACGCUGUUCACGUCGUGGCGGAGCGCCAGUGACCCCGGCACCGGCGACUUCACGCUCGGACAGGACCCACUCGGCUCCGCGCAGCUCUACAUCUGGCGCCGGAGCCCCCAGGGCGGUGGCGGCGCCGGCGGCGAGGAGAACACCACCUACUGGCGCUCCGGCCAGUGGGCCAACACCAACUUCGUCGGCGUGCCGUGGCGCUCCCUGUACGUCUACGGCUUCAAGCUCAACGGCGACCCGUCGCAGCGCGACGGAGUCAUGUCCUACGUCUUCAACACCUACAACACCUCCGAGUACCGGUUCAUGCUCCACCCCAACGGCACCGAGACGUGCUACAUGCUCCUCGACACCGGCGAGUGGGAGACCGUCUGGUCGCAGCCGACGAUCCCCUGCCACGCCUACAACACCUGCGGCGCCAACGCCGAGUGCGCCGCCGGCAACAAUGGCCGGCCCGUCUGCACCUGCCUGAAGGGUUUCGAGCCGAGAGACCCGGCGGCGUACGGCGGCGGGAACUGGGCGCAGGGCUGCGUGAGGAGCGCCCCGCUGACCUGCGAGACCAACGUGAGCGGCGGCGGCGGCGUCGGGUUCGCCGACCUCCCCGGCGUUAAGCUACCCAACUUCGCCACCUGGGUAACGACGGUGGGCGACGAGAACGCGUGCAGGCAGACGUGCCUGGCCAACUGCUCCUGCGGCGCCUACAGCUACAGCAUCGGCACCAGCUGCCUGACAUGGGGCCAAGAACUGCUGGACAUCUACCAGUUCCCGGAUGGAGAAGGCUACCAUCUGCACGUCAAGGUCCCGGCAUCCAUAUUAGACACGGGCUCCAAAACGAGGCGAUGGACAACAGUGGUCAUUGCAGUUAUCGUCGUUGUGGCUGUGUUAGCAGGAUGCGGCCUUCUCCUGUGGAAAUGCAGGAGAAGAAUCAAAGAGAAACUUGGCAUCGUUGGAAGUAGGGGGAAGCCAAGGCUCCCGUCGCUGCUCCCUGUUCGGGAAUCAAGGCAGGAUUUCUCAGGGCCGAAGCAGCCUGAGCAAGAGGAGGCAGAGGGCGGCAAGAAGUGCGAGCUGCCGCUGUUCCCCUUGGAGGUGGUAGCGGCGGCCACCGGCGACUUCAGUGCCGACAACAAGCUCGGGGAGGGAGGCUUCGGCCACGUCUACAAGGGAAAGCUCCCCGGCGGCGAAGAGGUCGCGGUGAAGAGGCUGUCCCGGAGCUCCGGCCAGGGCCAGGAGGAGUUCAAGAACGAGGUGAUCCUGAUCGCCAAGCUGCAGCACCGCAACCUUGUGAAGCUGCUGGGGUGCUGCAUCCAGGGGGAGGAGAAGAUCCUGGUGUACGAGUACAUGCCCAACAAGAGCCUCGACGCCUUCCUAUUCGAUCCGGCGAGGCGAGGUCUGCUGGACUGGAAGACGCGGUUCCACAUCAUCGAGGGCAUCGCGCGGGGGCUCCUCUACCUGCACCGCGACUCGCGGCUCCGGGUGGUGCACCGGGACCUCAAGGCCAGCAACAUCCUGCUGGACCGGGACAUGAACCCCAAGAUCUCCGACUUCGGCAUGGCGCGGAUCUUCGGCGGCGACCAGAACCAGGUGAACACGAACCGCGUGGUGGGCACACUGGGGUACAUGUCGCCGGAGUACGCCAUGGAGGGGCUCUUCUCGGUGCGGUCCGACGUGUACAGCUUCGGCAUCCUCAUCCUGGAGAUCGUGUCGGGCCAGAAGAACAGCAGCUUCCACCACAUGGAGGGAUCCAUCAACAUCGUCGGGUACGCGUGGCAGCUGUGGAGCGCCGGCAAGGGGGAGGAGCUCGUCGACCCGGCGGUCCGGGCGGCGGCGGGGGCGGCGACGGCGGAGGCGCUGCGGUGCGUGCACAUGGCGCUGCUGUGCGUGCAGGACCACGCGUGCGACCGGCCCGACGUGCCCUACGUGGUGAUGGCGCUGGGAAGCGACAGCUGCGUGCUGCCGACGCCCAAGCCGCCGACGUUCACGCUGCAGUGCACGUCGUCGGACAGGGACGGGCUGUUCGGGGGCGGGCAUGCCGACGAGUCCUACUCCGCCUGCGACCUCACCGUCACCAUGCUGCAGGGGAGCUUCGCCCAGCAUCAUGGCGCCGGAAUUGUGCAGCUUGAUCAGGCCAAGAAUCAAAAACCGGCGGGCAGUAGCACAAGGGCUGCAACACAAGCAUGGAUAAACGAUAUUGCUGGACGGUUAACAGUAACCGUGCUAACUGAAUACAUCGGUCUUUGGCAUCAGUUACAGCAGGUUCAGUUAACGGCCAGCGUUGAAGACUCAGUCUCCUGGAAAUGGGACAUCUCCCAUUCCUACUCUGCAAAAUCGGCCUGCAAGUUCUACAACACCGCCAUCGAGUUUGCUGCAGCUGAACCAAUUUGGAAAGCUUGGGCACCAUUGAAACUCGUCAUAGUUGGGGGGACGGGGGAAUUGGGCAGUGAGUGCGUCGCGCUUUUCCGGCCUGUGCCGAACAGAGCCAUGGUUGCGGGCGUGCGGCCGCCAUUAGCUCAGCUGCUUUUGCUUCCCCUGCUCGUUACGUUCUUCUCCUCCCCUGCCUCCGCGGCAGAUACCAUCGCUGCCAACUCCUCCCUAGCCGAUGGCGAGACGCUUGUUUCGGCGGGCGGGGUCUUCGAGUUGGGCUUCUUCACCCCGGCGAGCUCGACGGCGAGGUUCUUGGGCAUCUGGUACAUGGGCAUCGCUCCCCAGACCAUCGUCUGGGUCGCUAACCGGGACGCGCCGAUCACCGGCGCCACGGCUAGCCUUGCCAUCAACGCCACCGGCAGCCUGGUGAUCGCCGAUAGCUCCGGGCGUGUAUUCUGGUCAUCGGCGCCGUCGAACACGAGCGGCACCGGCGCCCCCGUAGCGCAGCUGCUGGACAGCGGCAACUUCGUGCUCCGGGACGGCGGUGGCGCCGUCCUGUGGCAGAGCUUCGACCACCCGUCCGACACCCUGCUCCCUGGCAUGAAGCUCGGGUGGGACCUGACCACCGGGCUCGACCGGCACCUGACGACGUGGCGGAGCCCCGGCGACCCGUCGCAGGGCGACUACACGUUCGGCAUCGACAUCCGCGGCGUGCCCGAGGGGUUCAUACGGUACAACGGCACGGCGCCGGUGUACCGGAACGGGCCGUGGAACGGGCUGCAGUUCAGCGGCGAGCCGGAGAUGGAGCCCAACAACAGCAACUUCCGGUUCGAGUUCGUCGCCAACGCCAGCGACGUGUACUACACGUUCGUGGUGGACGGCGCCGCCGGCGUUGUGUCGCGGUUCGUGCUGAACCAGUCCAGCGUGCAGCGCUACGUGUGGCCGCCGGGCGGCCACGCGUGGAGCCUCUACUGGUCGCUGCCGCGGGACCAGUGCGACCACUACGCGCAGUGCGGCGCCUUCGGCGUCUGCGACACCGCCAGCGGCUCGCCGGCGUGUGGCUGCGUGCACGGCUUCACGCCGGCGUCGCCGCGGGACUGGCAGCUCAGGGACAGCUCCGCCGGCUGCCGGCGCGUGACGCCGCUCAACUGCACCGGCGACGGGUUCCUGCAGCUGCGCGGCGUGAAGCUGCCGGACACGACGAACGCCAUGGAGGACAAGAGCAUCACCGUCGACCAGUGCAGGCAGAUGUGCCUGGCCAACUGCUCCUGCUUGGCCUACGCCGCCUCAAGCAUCAAGGGCGGCGACAGCGGCUGCAUCAUCUGGAGCUCGCUGCUGAUAGACAUCAGGCAUUUCCCUUCCGGUGGCGAGGAUCUGUACAUUCGUCUUGCGGCGUCCGAUCUGCCUUCCAAUGGAGGCGGUCCCAGUAAGACCAACAUAGUUGUCGCCGUUUUCGUAAGCUUAGCAGCCUUUCUCCUCUUCGGGCUCGGCGGAUUCUUCUUCUGGAACAAGUUUUUCAGAAACAAAGGGACGUCUCAGAGCACGCAGAGGUUCAACUCGUUUGACUCCAGUAUCCCACUUACUCCGGUCCAAGACAGGAAGCUGGAAGAUGAAUCCGGUCAGAACAAAGACCUGAACGUCACGCUCUUUGACAUGGCGACCAUAGCUUUCUCCACUGACAAUUUUGCGACAUGGACCAAGCUUGGAGAAGGCGGCUUUGGCGCUGUCUACAAGGGGGAGUUGGAAGGAGGGCAGACGGUGGCGGUGAAGCGGCUGUCCAAGUUCUCGACGCAGGGCUUGGGCGAGUUCAAGAACGAGGUCAUGCUCAUCGCCAAGCUGCAGCAUGUGAACCUCGUCAGGCUCCUGGGCUGCUGCAUCCACGGAGAGGAGAGGAUCCUGGUGUACGAGUACAUGGAGAACAGGAGUCUCGACAACUUCAUCUUCGACAAGGGUCGAUCAGCGCAGCUGGACUGGUCGAAGCGGUUCGACAUCAUCCUGGGCAUCGCCCGGGGGCUCCUGUACCUGCACCAGGACUCCCGGUACAAGGUGAUCCACCGGGACCUCAAGGCCGGCAACAUCCUCCUGGACAGGGACAUGAACCCCAAGAUCUCCGACUUCGGCGUGGCCAGGAUCUUCGGCGACGACACCGACUCGCACACCAGGAAAGUCGUCGGGACAUACGGGUACAUGUCGCCGGAGUACGCCAUGGACGGCGUCUUCUCAGUGAAGUCCGACGUGUUCAGCUUCGGCGUGCUUGUCCUCGAGAUCGUCAGCGGCCGAAAGAACCGGGGCAUCUACAGCAGCGGCGAGCAGACGAGCCUCCUCAGCCACGCGUGGAAGCUGUGGAGGGAGGGCAACGCGGUGGCGCUGCUGGACGAGACGGUGGCCGGCGCCGGCGAGCACAGGGUAUCGGAGGUGCGGCGGUGCGUGCAGGUGGCGCUGCUGUGCGUGCAGGAGCGGGCCGACGACCGGCCGCACAUGGCGGCGGUGUUCAUGGCGCUGGGCAACCCGGGCGCGGUGCUCCCGCAGCCGAGGCACCCGGGGUUCUGCAGCGACAGGGGCUCCACCUCCACCGACGGCGAGUGGUCGUCAACCUGCACCGUCAACGACGUCACCGUCACCAUCGUCGAAGGCCGGUGACACCACGUGGCGUUAGCCCUGAACUCUGCACUUGGAUUUUGACAUUUUGUGCCUUGCGAUCUGUGUGAAUAGUAGCAUAGUAGUGGUGGUGUUCAGGUGUUGUAUGGAGCCAUAUGUCACUAGGCCACCCUCCCCGUCGGGUGUGUUUGGAUGAAGGUACGGUGGGAUGGGGCAGGGUCAUCCUUCUUUUUGAAGGAUGAGAUAAUCCCACCUAGUAUUUAGUUAGAGUGAUGAGGACGUCCUAGUUCGUUGUUUGGUUGGCAAAACAAGGACGGUUCAUUAUUGACGGCGUUUGCAUC